UUCGGCUUCAGCAGCCUCAGAGCACUGAAAGCUAUUCCUGGAGUCUGCAGAGUCUCAGGCUGGGUGAUCCUGGAACCCAGGGAACUCCGACCCGGGAUAUCAUUUUAGGGCAGGCUACAGAUCCAGGCCUUGGUGCACAGUGACACUUGCCACAAACCCACCCCAACCUGCUCUCCAGGUCUAUGCCAGCCCGGGGCGCGAACGGGCGGGAGGCCGGGAGCCUGGAGCGGGAGGAGCGGCCCGGGGCGGGCUGCCAGGGCGAGAGAGCGAGCGAGGCGGGGGCGGCGGGUACAGAGCUGCGGGCGGCGGCGCCCGCGGGUCACUUGCUGGCGGAGCAGCGGGCGGCAGGACGCGGGGUGCCGGCGCGCACCAUGCCCACCUUCGACCAGGCGCUGAGGAAGGCGGGCGAGUUCGGGCGCUUCCAGCGGCGCGUGUUCCUGCUGCUGUGCCUGACCGGUAUCACCUUCGCCUUCCUCUUCGUUGGCGUGGUCUUCCUGGGCAUCCAGCCGGACUACUAUUGGUGUCGUGGGCCGCGUGCCACCGAGCUGGCCGAGCGCUGCGCCUGGAGCCCAGAGGAGGAAUGGAACCUCACCGCGCCCGAGCUCCGCACCCCGGCCGAACGCCGAGGCCAAGGCCACUGCCACCGCUACCUGCUGGAAGCCACCAAUGCCAGCACCGAUCUCAGCUGUGACCCACUCUCUGCCUUUCCCAACCGCUCCGCGCCCCUGGUGCCUUGCAGCGGCAACUGGCGCUAUGUGGAGACCCAUUCUACCAUCGUCAGCCAGUUUGAUCUUGUCUGUGCCAAUGCCUGGAUGUUGGACCUCACCCAAGCCAUCCUGAACCUUGGCUUCCUGGCUGGGGCAUUCACCUUGGGCUAUGCAGCAGACAGGUAUGGCAGGAUAGUCAUUUACUUGAUAUCCUGUUUGGGUGUUGGCGUCACAGGGGUCGUGGUGGCGUUCGCACCAAACUUUUCUGUGUUUGUGAUCUUCCGCUUCCUGCAAGGUGUGUUUGGAAAGGGGGCGUGGAUGACCUGCUUCGUGAUUGUGACGGAAAUAGUAGGUUCGAAACAAAGGAGGAUUGUGGGAAUAGUGGUUCAGAUGUUCUUCACCCUCGGGAUCAUCCUCCUGCCCGGAAUUGCCUACUUUAUCCCCAGUUGGCAGGGCAUCCAGCUCGCCAUCUCGCUGCCCAGCUUCCUCUUCCUCCUUUAUUACUGGGUGGUUCCUGAAUCUCCACGCUGGCUGAUCACCCGGAAGGAAGGAGAAAAAGCUUUGCAGAUCCUGAGGCAUGUGGCUAAGUGCAAUGGGAAAUACCUCUCGCCAAAUUACUCGGAGAUCACUGUUACAGAUGAAGAAGUGAGUAACCCAUCCUUUUUAGACCUUGUGAGAACGCCCCAAAUGAGGAAAUGCACACUUAUUCUUAUGUAUGCUUGGUUCACAAGUGCCGUGGUCUACCAAGGACUUGUCAUGCGCCUGGGAAUUGUCGGAGGCAACCUCUACAUAGACUUCUUCAUCUCGGGGCUUGUGGAGCUACCCGGAGCACUCUUGAUCCUUCUGACCAUUGAGCGUCUUGGACGACGCCUUCCCUUUGCAGCAAGCAAUAUAGUGGCUGGUGUGGCAUGCCUGGUCACUGCAUUCUUACCAGAAGGGAUAACAUGGCUGAGGACUCUAGUUGCUACCCUGGGAAGACUAGGCAUAACCAUGGCCUUUGAAAUUGUUUAUUUGGUAAAUUCGGAGUUGUACCCAACAACAUUACGGAACUUUGGGGUUUCGCUCUGCUCAGGCUUGUGUGACUUUGGGGGGAUCAUAGCUCCAUUUCUACUCUUCCGACUAGCAGCUGUGUGGCUAGAACUACCUCUGAUCAUCUUUGGCAUCCUGGCGUCUAUCUGUGGUGGCCUCGUGAUGCUGUUGCCUGAAACCAAGGGCAUUGCCUUGCCGGAAACAGUGGACGACGUAGAAAAGCUUGGCAGCUCACAGUUGCCUCAGUGUGGCAGGAAAAAGAAAACCCAGGUUUCCAGUUCUAAUGUCUGAGGCCCCUACAUCGCCUGGAGGACCAGAGCUGUGUGGUUAACCCCCAUACCCAGGAGAAGCUGAGCCUGGUGGGAAUAUGCCUGUGUGGCAUGUUUCGGCUCCUCCAGGCAGUGCCCUUCCAGGGAACCUUAAAGCCGGAGUAUUUUGUAUGCUAUAGGAUGAGUGAGGUUUAUCUUGCUACCCAAGCUUCUGGGAACACAUAACCUUUGACCUGUUUAGCAAAGCACCUGUAAGUACACGGAUUCUGCCUAGGUUUUCUUUGUUGGGAGCAAUGUCUCUGACCAGUGGGUUAAGGAGAGAUGAGAGAGCCUCAAUGGGUCCUCAGGACAGCCCCAUCCCGGAGGCAGGCUGACCAACCCAAGGACUGGCAUGUGCACAGAAAUGUGCUCCUCUCAUCUGAUCAAGACAGCAGCGAGCUGCGUUCUGAAGAGUCUGAGGACUGCUGUGUCUGCUUCCUUUGAGCUCCGAACACACGCCUUCACAGAGCCGACCUGUCUGUCAGGUGCCACAUCCGUCCCUGUGUCCCAUGUAGUCCCCCACCCCAUCCGUCCUCCGCAGCCUCUUGAGGUCCCAGGCCCCAGGCUAGGCACAGUUCCCUAAACAAGAACACAUCACAGAUCUACAACACCUUUUGAGAACCUGGCCAUAUUAUCAUAAGGUCAUAUUGGGCUCCCGAGACCCCCGAUAUUUUGUGCCCUCCUUCGGUGGACCCUUGUAACCGCAGGUUCUUAACUAAGGAAGAGAAAACAUGGAUUAUGAUUUCUUGGGUCUUAGAAUUUGAAAAGUAAAAGAAUAAUUACGUCCCAUUUGUGAAUUCAGUUCUAAUGGUGCUUGUGGCUGGGAGUCAUAAGCACACACAGCCUGUUUUCAUUCCAUCUCAGCACUUUUGACUUGUCUUGACGGGGGUGGGGGAUUUAUUUUCAUUUAAAAGGAAAGUCAAUUGUAUCCACACUUAAAAGAAUUAGCAGCUACUUUAUAAGUGACUUAAAUGUCUUUUUCUUUUUAAAUGAAGGCUUUUCAAGUGUGAGACUCAAAUGCAAAUACAGUGGUCCCUGUUGUGUGCUGUUCUCAAUAUAUUUUCAGACUCGG